GCGCCCUGCCCCGGCGCGCCAGUCCCGGCCGCCCGCCCGACCGCUCGCCCGGCCGUCGCCAUGCCUAAACCAACACCCAUCGAAGACCUCAUCAUCCCGCCACAAGACCAAAAAAUAUGCGGGACCAUCUGCAUCUGUCAAAUGACCGCUGUCCUCAGCACAGUCGCCAUCGUCUACCUGACUGUCGCCAUCUACAUGCCCUACACUCGAGCCAUCGCGUCAGGCAUCGACCCGACCCCCAUCAUGUGUUCCACCACACGGGCCGUUAACAAAGACAACUGCGACUGGGGAUCCUGCGGCGAGUGGUGCCUCAGCAAGACCUCAGGCGCCUGCAUCCAAAUCUACGUGAACGUACGCAAGAACGGUUCGUCCUUGCUUCUCGCUGAUUGCGGCAGUGCUGCCAACAAAACAUGUUACGGCAUAGACCAGGAAAACGCUAAGAAAUACCACUGCAUCCGCGAUGAGUGCAAAAAUCUCACAGGCACUUUCAACUGUACAGAAGGGAAGUGUAUAAACAUAACAGAUGCAUUCGAGUGCGCUUUUCGAGAUACGGAUCCACCGUUAAAAUGCUCGGGACGUCGAGGAAAAAUAACAUGUAUAGACGUGCAUGGAUUGUUUUCCUGUGAAAGAGGAACAUGUCGAAGAAUCAGAACUCCUUACAACUGUGAUCGUCGCUGUGUUGACAUUCCGACCCGGAACAAGAAUGUUAUUGUGCUAAGCGGCGAUCGAGUGUUUCUUGCUAGAUGCGGAAAAAUAGUGGAUCAAGCCAACGCAACAAAGGAAGUAUGGAUCGACAAUGGUGAAGAUGUUGUUAUGUUGUCGUGUCACUUCGUCCAAAACGGCUCCGCUGGUGUGGUGGCCGUCGAUUGCAUCAAUGCUGCCUUGUUACCAAAAAUAGAAAUAUCAGAUUUGACUAAUUUCACAUACUUGCAAUACCUGUACACUGUCAGAGCGACACCCAACAGAGACAUAGCACCAUCUGAAGUGGAAUUAACGCUGAAGAAUGACAGCCGACUAAUGAUCAACCUUGAAGGAUGCGUCAACACUCUAGCCGAUGAAUGCAAAGAGUUCCUAAAAGACUACGGUCGCGACGGUACAGAUCACAACGCCAAAGCUCGCUUCCCUUGUUUCUACACGGAGUACAGUGCGGAGACAGUGGUCGCAAGAUUUGACCUGGAGACUACGUAUCGCCAGUUCGUAGUGGCGCUAGUCCUGCCAACGGUGUUGAUCAUCGUGUCAUGUAUAACGCUGAUAUUCUGUCAGAGGACAGUAGAAGUAGGUGACGACGCUAAGAUGCGUAUCAAGUUCUGCGGCGCUGGCUCGACCGAAGCGCAGUGCCAUCCGACCGAUCCUGUGUCUCCACUCUGAGAUCAGUCACGUGUUCCCCUCCUAUGCGAGGGACCGGCUAGUUCACUAAGAGACGACUAAAUGCUUAGCAUGCCGCCCACUUCUGCCUCCUGAGCCUGAGCCUCGCACUCCGACGCCAUGUCAACUUUAAGCAGAUCGCGGGCCA